CACUACAAACCCUACUUCAUUCACGUCAAAUUGAAAAAUCGAUGAUUUCGGAAACUUUGUUCCUAGUAUAGUUUCUGAUUUACCUGUAAUUUAUCAUUUUCUUCAUAAAUGAGUCGUAAUAUUUAGUCAAAUAACUAGUUGAAAUAAGUGCACAAUGAUAAAAGCUAUUUUAGUUUUUAAUAAUCAUGGCAAGCCGAGAUUAUCAAAAUUCUAUCAGUACUUUAAUGAAGAUAUGCAACAACAGAUAAUAAAAGAAACGUUUCAAUUAGUGUCGAAAAGAGAUGACAAUGUGUGCAAUUUUCUGGAAGGCGGCAGUCUCAUCGGUGGUUCAGACUACAAAUUAAUAUACAGACACUAUGCGACACUAUACUUUGUGUUCUGCGUCGAUUCCUCGGAGAGUGAGCUGGGAAUAUUGGAUCUCAUACAGGUGUUUGUUGAAACCCUGGACAAAUGCUUCGAGAAUGUCUGCGAGUUAGACCUGAUCUUCCACGCGGAUGCUGCACACCAGGUAUUGGAUGAGCUGGUCAUGGGAGGGAUGGUGCUUCAGACUAAUAUGGCAGAUAUAUUAUGCAGGCUCGCCGAACAAAACAAAAUGCAGAAAGCUGAGGCUGGUAUAUCCGCGGCUCCGGCCAGGGCCGUGUCUGCUGUCAAGAGUAUGAAUCUACCACAGCAGCUGAGGGACAUUAGACUGCCCGACCUUCCGCAGGCCAUCAAGGAUCUGAAGUUCUGACCUACACAGCAGGCGUAUCCCGCCACAGUAACAAUAGCCAGCAACAUAUUCAACUCAAUAUACACCAACGACAAAUAUCAAAACAUACAGAGAGACAACAUCACUAAUAAGUUCUUUGGCUCGGAAUCCCUCAGUCACAAGUUCUCUGAGACCUUCACAGAGAAUUACCAACAGACGGACGGAAUAAACUUCCCAAAUUAUGAGACUAAUUAUGACAGAGAGAGGGCAGUGUAUCAAGACCUCAGCGGCACAGUAGAGAGCAAACACAAGGACAAGAAGAGAAAGAAGAAGAAUAAGUAAUAUAUGUAGAAAAUACAAGUUUGAUGAUAAAGGCUUUGGUUGAAUAAAAUAUAAUUUCUUAAUAUGUCAUUUUAAUAUAAGAUUUGUAUAAAAAAAAAUGUUAGUUAGUUUAAUAAUAAGUAAUGAAAAGAAAUUUAUCAAUAUUAGGUUAACUUUUUUGAUACACAAAGUACUGUAGAGCUAAGUUUUUGUCGUCGUGUAGCCCUUAGCACAGGUCUGUGAGUUGAUCUGUAUGGUCAUAAAACCUUCACAGUCGAAUAAAUUAAUUUAAAUGUAUUAAAUCAAAAAUAUCUGAUUCCCAGGUGUAUUUGUUACAUUCCAUAAUUAUUCAUGUUUGUUAUUUUCGCAAAAGUAUUAGCAAUAUAUUUUAUAUUAAAA